GGAAAGAAACCCUUGCGUUUUGCGUCUCUUUCCAGACGUUGUACAUAGCCUCAUCUUCUGAACAAAUAUCCAGAAGAAGUUGAAGAGGAGAAGGGGCGAUUUGGAUCGGGGAAUCUGGAAAUGGCAUCGCACUCAUCGCAAGAAGGAAAGCAAGCGAAUAUAAUUGAUGGAAAAGCAAUCGCGCAGACCAUCCGAUCUGAAAUCGCCGCCGAAGUCAGCCAGCUCUCCCAGAAAUACGGCAAGGUCCCAGGUUUGGCUGUAGUCAUUGUAGGCUCCAGGAAAGACUCUCAAAGUUAUGUCUCUAUGAAGCGCAAAGCAUGUAAUGAAGUUGGGAUUAAGUCCUUUGAUGUGGACCUGCCAGAGCAAGUAUCUGAGGCUGAGUUGAUGAGCAAGAUCCACGAGCUAAACGCAAUUCCUGAUGUUCACGGCAUAUUGGUUCAACUUCCUUUACCGAAACACAUAAAUGAAGAGAGAAUCUUAGGUGAAAUCAGCAUUGAAAAAGAUGUAGACGGCUUCCAUCCUCUGAACAUUGGCAAGCUUGCGAUGAAAGGCAGAGAACCUCUGUUCCUUCCUUGCACCCCCAAGGGAUGCCUUGAGCUUCUGUCCCGAAGUGGUAUUAGUGUGAAGGGAAAGAGGGCAGUUGUGGUGGGUAGAAGCAACAUUGUUGGAUUGCCAGUUUCACUACUACUUCUAAAGGCCGAUGCCACCGUUACAAUUGUUCAUUCACAUACCAGUAACGCAGAGAGCAUCAUCCGUGAAGCAGACAUUGUUAUAGCUGCAGCAGGACAAGCAAUGAUGAUUAAAGGUGGCUGGAUCAAACCCGGUGCUGCAGUUAUUGACGUUGGCACGAACGCCGUAGAUGAUCCGAGCAGAAAAUCAGGAUACAGACUUGUGGGAGAUGUGAAUUUCGAUGAGGCGUGUAAAGUUGCAGGAUGCAUAACCCCGGUCCCGGGCGGUGUCGGCCCAAUGACUGUCGCGAUGCUACUGAAGAAUACCUUGGAGGGCGCGAAGCGAGCAAUGGAGCAGCCCCAGUGAAGCACAGAGCAGCCACCACAAUCCCAAAGUCUUUGGGUCGGGACGUUGCUCAUUAUUUCUGAAGCUAAAAUUUUGUUAGAGAAAAUUGUUCAUAAGUUGUUCAAUAGUAAAUAAUGCUUCUCUAGCAACCAAAAUGUUGUAAAAUUCGGCUUCAUCAUCUUCCCCCUGACAGGAAUCUGGUCAAUUAAUCAUUUUUUUUCCUGUUAUAUUAUGAUGAUUGAACUACA